CUAUUUAGUCUGCCUCACAAGGUGUGUUCUUACCCUCUGUAAGGCACCCACCGCAGAAGACCGGUACGCCAUUCGCAAAGCCGCCUCUUGAAACCCACGGGGAUCGUCCAACCCAAACGGUCCUUCUUGCUGGUCUUUGCAAUCUGGAGAUCUCUUCAGCCUCAUGUUCGUCCAGCCUGCCAGGCGAGCCAUGGGCUGCGAAUUCUCCGAAAGCUGCGUUGGUGGCGGUGAGCAAAGCCUCCCUUCCUGGCAUUUCUGGUUCUGCCUGUCCCUCCUGUUCCUGCUGCUGCUGCUGUUCCUGCUGGGCUGCUGCCUCCGGUGCUGGUUGGGGCGGCCCAGGCACCCGGCGGCCCAGAACUCCCUCGUGAUCUUCACGGUGGGGGAAACCGAGUCACUUCACGGGAGUGAUGAACCCCCUUGGACGCCGGCCCAGAGACCCCCUCCCCACCUGCAGACCCCAGGGUGGAGCACUGAGGGGUCCAAUUUGAAUGCAUUCGCAUGGAAUGGAUCAUUGCAACCCCCUGCCUACGAAGAGCUCAUGAAGCCAGGAAGAACCUCGGAUCUGAGUUCGAGACAGGAUGGCUUUCAUCGCUUGUCUGGAUUUCAUUCUGAUCUGUUCUUGUGCAACCCUGGCAUGGAUUGGGACCCCAAAUUAUUCUUCUCACAGCCUCAAAGGCUACCUGAAUGA